UUCCAGACGUGUCUCCUUACCCCCUGGCUGUAAGUUGAGCCCUUCUUGUGAGCCCUCCAGGUGCCUUGCGAACAGUGGAAACCAACUUCAGUCUCCCCCUCCUUGGUUGAAAGCCUCCUUAACCUCAGGCCAACCCCGUGUGGUGAGAAGCCCAAGCUGCCCAGAGAGGCCCUGUGAAGGAAGAUACAAGUAGGCAGUAUGCCAGCCUCAGCAGAGCGGGCUACCGACAGCAGCCACCCCCUUCUGGAACUGUCCAGGCUGGACCGGGCCGGCCCUACCAACUUGUAACCAAAAGAGCCAGCUGAUCCCAGCAGCCUAGUAGACUCGUGAUACAAGUGGUGGCUGACUUAAGACGCGCUGGCUGGCUCCUGCUCCUGUUUCCCAGAAAUUGGCCCCUGGGAUUGAAGGUGUUGGAGGUGUCAGAAGAGACUCCUGAGGCCCAGGUGCCCUGAAGGAAGGUUUUUGGCCACCCUCUCAGAAGCGGAAGCCAAACCAGCCAAGAAGGGGCCAAAGUGUGCAGGUUGUAGAAAUUUGCGCUAGGAGCUCGACAGAAUGAGGGAAGGAAUAUCCAUCACGCAGCAGGUGCACAAGCCAGGGGAGCAUUUGGGAUUCUGCGUGAAGACCAGGUCGUAGGCCACCCCCGCGUGGAAGAGAAAGAAGGUGAACUGGUCGGGCCAGAGAGGAACCUGGAAAAAAAAUGGAGGGCAAGAGGGGUGAGCGGUUUGCCCAAGUGGGGUCACCCUGGCUCUCGGGGAUGCUGCCCAAAGGGAUGGUGGGCAGAGGCAGGGCUGGGGGUCCCUCCGCAGGUAUCCUAGCUCCUGGCUCCAGGCCACUGCCCCCUCCCGCCAUACGACUCCCGGGGCAGAGCUCUGGACGCUGCCCACCUGGACGGAAUCCAGGUUCUGCUCCCUGCCUUUCCAAGUCUCCACUGUUUCAUCUGUGAAAUGGGAGUCAUCACGGGCACCAUCAUGCCAAGGGGUAGCAUGCCCAGUGCCUCAGCGCAGCCCAUCCGGGCCCCGUGUGCCCCCACACUGCCCCAAACCUCCUCCUCCCGGGGCUUUGCAGCUGACCGCCCUGGGACAGCCCUGGGACUGCGGACACAAGGCCCCCACAGGCAGCAGCCUGGGUGACUCCCAGGUGCCCAGGACUCUAUCCUGUCCCCCUCUGGUGACAGAACCCAGGGACGCUGGGCUUGUGUGAUAGGCUGCCACAGUGGCCCCUCCUCCUGCCCCUUACUCAUUAGCCAGGCUGCAAAGUAGCAUGGGCUUGGCUGGGCAAGGCUGGCUGCAGGAGCGCUCAGGCAUGCAGGGUGGCCGGCAGCCCAGUCUUGAACUGGACAGCAUUCGGGACACGGUCCCCCCAGACCGAGAGGGCUGUUGCCCUGCCCUCCGCAGGCUGGUCCCUGUCGGCUUUGGGGCCGAGGCAUGGACGCUGUUUGCCCUUUCCGGACCCCUGUUCUUGUUCCAGGUGCUGACCUUCAUGAUCCACGUUGUGAGCUCGGUGUUUUGUGGGCACCUGGGCAAGGUGGAGCUGGCGUCAGUGACCCUCUCGGUGGCCUUUGUCAAUGUCUGUGGAAUUUCCAUAGGAAUAGGCUUGUCCUCAGCCUGUGACACCUUGAUGUCCCAGAGCUUCGGGAGCCCCAACAAGAAGCACGUGGGGGUCAUCCUGCAAAGGAGCACCCUGGUGAUGCUUCUCUGCUGCCUCCCCUGCUGGGCACUCUUCCUCAACACCCACAACAUCCUGCUUCUCUUCAGGCAGGACCCAGCCGUGUCCAGGUUAACUCAAGAGUACGUGCUCAUUUUCAUCCCAGCACUUCCGGCGUGUUUUCUUUACAGCCUGCUGGCAAAAUAUUUGCAAAAUCAGGGAAUCGUCUGGCCCCAAGUCCUCAGUGGCAUUGUGGGCAACUGCAUCAAUGGCUUGGGCAACUACAUCCUGGUUUCUGUGCUGAGCCUGGGGGUCAGGGGCUCUGCUUACGCCAACACUAUCUCCCACAUCCUGCAGACCAUCUUCCUCUUUCUCUACAUUGUGCUGAAGAAGCUACACCUGGAGACGUGGGCAGCGGGGCUUCUGUUCCUAGGCUGGUCCGGACAGUGCCUGCAGGACUGGGGCCCCUUCUUCUCUCUGGCUGUUCCCAGCAUGCUCAUGGUGUGCAUGGAGUGGUGGGCCUACGAGAUCGGGAGCUUCCUCAUGGGCCUGCUCAGCGUACUGGACCUCUCCGGCCAGGCCAUCAUCUACGAAUUGGCCACCAUAGUCUACAUGAUUCCCCUGGGGCUCAGCAACGCCAUCUGUGUCCGUGUGGGGAUGGCCCUGGGAGCUGCAGAUAUAGUGCAAGCCAAGCGGUCGGCCAAGUCAGGCAUGCUUUGCACAGGCGGCACCUCGCUGGUUGUGGGCAUCGUGCUGAGCACCCUGAAAAAUAAACUGGGGCGUAUUUUUACAAAUGAUGAACAAGUCAUUGCCCUGGUGAACAAGGUCUUGCCGAUUUAUACCGUCUUUCAGCUCUUUGAGGCUAUCUGUUGCAUCUAUAGCGGAGUUCUGAGAGGAAGCGGCAAGCAGGCCUUUGGAGCCGUGGUGAACAUGAUCAUGUAUUAUGUCAUCGGCCUCCCACUGGGCGUUGUUCUGACCUUUGUGGUCAGAAUGGGAAUCAUGGGCCUCUGGCUGGGCAUGCUGGCCUGUGGCCUCCUGGGAGCUGCUGCGUUUGCUGUCUACACCGCCCGGAUGGACUGGAAGCUAGCUGCAGAGGAGGCCCAGAAACAUGCCGGACUGCUGCCGCAGAGCACUGACAGCACGGUGGCCACGGUGGCCACGGUCUCCCAGCCUGGGCCUGCAGAAGCCGUCACCUCUUCAGGUAACAUUGUCGCAGUGCUUCAGCCAGGUGGGCCCCAAUGCCAGUGGCAGCCUCUUCCUUGUGUGCCCCGGGCAAGUACAAGUCCAAGCUGCCGGUCCUCCUCUUUGGCACAAACAUGGUGUUCUAAGCGCCAGGAAGACGACACCACUCCCUGUGACUCAGAGGCCCCACGUGAAGCACGUCACGUCCUUAGCCUCGUGAGGCAGCCAGCUGUAGCCCCAUCCUCAGUGGCCACGGGUGCCUCUCCUGGCAUCACCCUGACAAUGUAUUCAAGGCCCGAGAGCCACCUGGACCUCUUCAGGACUCCGGAGGCGGCCCAGGACCUUCCAGCUCCGGCCAGCAGACUGUCAGCCAGACAGCUGGCCAUCCGCCGUGGGGCCGCCCUGGGGAUGGCGUCAGGCACGCUGACGGCCGGGCUGGUCGUCCGGGUCCUGACCACCAGACACUAGCCGAGCGGCUCGGAGACGGAAAGGAAGCCAAGGGUGGCCGCGCCCACAGGCCACCACACCGGUCCCCCUACAACAGCACCCUGGGGAUCCAGUGCGGGUGGAUGUACACUUUGGACCGCACCUCAAAAACAAAACCUUCGGCCGGCGUCUCGUGUGAUGUGACGGUUCUGUCGACCUGGCCUUCUCUGCUCUGCUCUUUAAGAAGACAUCAGCCGACCGGAGAGGGACAAUCCUAGGGUUGCUUCAAAUCGGGAGAUUUCAAAUCAAGACACAAUUUAAAAAACCAGUUACCCAAUUAAAAGCUACAUAUUUCCUA